GAGGUCAUUUCCUUACUUUAAAGAAAUCAUACAGUGCUAACAGAAAAGAAACAUGUUACAUAGUGAGUUCUCUGUUCCAUUAGGUUUUUAAUUGCAACAUAUUAAUGGCAAUCUGUCUCGUUGUGGAUUGGUUAACGAGAACAAUAGCUGGAACAAUAGCCUAAACACGAUUCCAGCGCUCUGCCAUAUUUUUUACAAUGCGAUAAAUUAAAGGGGUACUGGAAACAAUAAAAAAACCCUUGUUCUAAUAAUCAAUCAACGUCGUGACAGAUUGCCUUAAAGUUUCUACUAAAUUUCUACUAAAGUUUCUUUGUUUUUUUUAAAAAAUUUUCAAUGCUUGCGCAACUUUAUGGUUGUAUUAUUUUCAUUAUCCACGCUCGUAUCUCAGCAGGCCCAAAAGAAAUGUAUCUCAGCUUUUUUUUGUAAAAGUAUAUCAAUUUUUAAUGAAAUCUAUUAACGACUCGAUUAACUGCUUGUCCAAAAUUUAACUUCCAUUUAGAUGGAAAUCUAUUCAUUUUUUCCUUUCUUGUCACAGUUAUGAAGGACUACUGCUAAAAUGAUGGGGAUUAAUUUUGUAUAGGCGGAUUACUCACAGCCAUUCAAAUAAAUAUCAUUGAUAUAGGAAACAUAUUCUAUGAAAAAAGAAAGAAUAUUUCUUUAAGAGUGAAAAAGCUCUUUUGAAAGUUUUUAGGCCAAAUAAAGCUGCUGGAUUCAUAUGUCACAGAAUGCCAUAUCUUUUGAUUAAAAUUUGCCUGGAAACUAGACUUGUAGCCUAUAAAUACGCAAUUACACUAUCUUCAUUGUUUUAACACAACGUAGCUAGGCUCUUUUUAGCAAAAAAUUGAUAAGGAGGACAAUAGGAUGAUGUUUUUAUACAGAAGCAAUACCCUAAACUGAAACAUCUUUUUACGACUUUUAAAGAAUAUAAAAAAAUUUAUGGCCUUUUCAACGAGGUUUUAAACCAAGAAAAGCAGACAGUCAUAAGAAGUGAUUCUGGUGUAGCAGCCAUACCUCAAAGUAACAAGCUGAUAAAACAUCUUUGUGUAUAGAAAUGUAAGAUCAAAUUUAUCAGAAGCAAACACACUUUUUAUAGCAUUUUAUAACUUUCUCAUACCUAUCAGAUUUCGCUUCUUUUUUUCAUAAGUGUUGAUUGUUAAUUUUUUUUCAACUUCAAUUUCAAUUGCCUAUGCGUAUGUAGUGAGACCUAUAAACAGAACGAGAAACUGGUUAAUUUGGCAAGAUCAAUUCCUGUGUUGGAAAUUUAAGCUUUUUGUUGUUGACUGGUUAGACAACAAAACUGAUAGGGGGUUAGAUAAUAGAGUUAGAUAAUUCUGUGUCAUUCUCGAGUAUUUGCUCCUUUGCUGUUUUGCUUCCUGAUUGCUUUAUUCUUCAAUUAUAUAUAUUUUGAUGGUGUUCGUUAUAUUUUGUUUAAUAUCACUAAACAUGGGCUCUGACAAAGGUUGAAAAAUGGGGGGUCCAAGGGAAAAUUUAACACCCAUAACAAAAGAUUUUGAAAAAUACUCAAUUGUUUUGCAAGAAAAAGUGGAGGGGCCAAGGCCCCCCCGGCCCCCCCCCCCCUUCGUCGGAGGCCCUGUAAACUCUUGAUAUAUAAAACAUGAGUAGCAUUUGCAGACUGAAGAGAAAGUGGAGAUGUUGUUGGUUGUGCAAGUGUCCUUCUGAUUUCUGUUAUCUAGUGUUACCCAGAGACAAGGCCCUAGAAGGCCCUAGUAAAAUUAUGGUCAAUUUUUCUAACCAAUGAGCCAAAACUUUCCUUAUGAUACAAAAAGGCGUGGUCAAGGUGUGGUACAUUUAAUCUUUUAUUUGCACUGAACUUCCUUAGGAUCAUCGGCCGUAAGAAAUUGUUCUGACGUCUUAAGUUUACUCGUGUUUUGAAAAAUAACAGCAUUUUCUAUGAAAAUAAAUAUUUUUAUGAAUCUCAACAUGCAAGACUUUAUAGGCAUUUACAAUAGACGUUUUGUAACGCUAUGGUUGCUUUUAUCAGAGUCCUUCUUACUGAAAACUCAGUAAACAGCAACAAUUUUCAGUAAAGGGGGAUACCCUAGGAUAAUUUUGCAAAUCGUAACUAAACUUUGUAAAUGAUUUUGCACUCGUUCUCUGAGUGGGUUAAUUUUGGAGGUUUUUUGGUGAUUACCGAGUUUGCAAAAACCUAUGUGAAAUGAGUUGACGACAUUAAUUAAGUUUCUAGAUGAUGAGGUCAUCAACUUUUUAUAGAACUUUUUAAUUUCGAGCAUAUGAUUCAAAAGAUCACAAUAGAUUUGUGAAUUUAAGUGUGUAUUUUUGAAAUAGGUGACGAUUUGGCCAGCUAUUUUUGGUUUAUGAAUUUUGAAACCAAGAUCGGAUCACAGUAAUGUAAAAGGUGCUCGCUUUUGAUGUAUUGAAGAGGACGGUCCUUCGAGGUUGCUACUCGGAGCUUCACUCUUGAUGCAAUCAUCAGGCAAAGGGUAUCUGUUCUACUAAAAAACAAUUAAAGGGCAUAUGUCGAUCCCGUGCUUUGUACUAAAUAAAUUUUUAAAUGUAUUGCAUUUAGCCAAUCAGGUUGACGGCAGAUACCCUUUAAAAUGUGGCUAUUUCUCAGCUUAUAUUCAUGCUCUUAAUUGUUUUCAUAUUUUUUCUUUUCUUUAUAACCUCUUUAUAUUUCUUGGAAUAAUACGUUAAAGAUCUGAAGGUCUAUUUCCGUAUUCGGCUUUCUAUAAGUAUUUAAACAUAAACCAUCAAGGCCAUCGUAGUACAGCCUUCACUCAUCCAAUCCCACAAGGUGACAGUGUGAUGUAUAGCGCACAACGUGGGCUGUGGAGGCCUUCCCCUUCAAACACUGAGUGACGAAUCAUUAAAUUUCCAUGGUCGACUGUUGUUUGAAAAUGCUAAUCUUUUAAUGGGUCAUUAAAAACGCCGCAUGCACAAUGCAUUGAUAAGAGAGAGAAAAAUCGGUACUUCUUCUGGUGAAAAGAUUGAAACUAAUUGGCUAAGCAAUUGACACGGAAAUGUUGCUAAAUGCACGGUGAGUCUAGCCAGAUAAAAGCGAGUUGGCUUGCACUAACGUAGCUAGUUGGCCAGUGGUGUUGCGAAGAGGCUGAGCUCAAUUCGCCUGCGCAUUGGCCUUAAAAAGGAUUUACACGCUUAAAAGAUUAACAGAUACGAAGCUGGAUAGAGGCAAAACAUUUCUCUGGCGUUUUUGUGAUAAACGGAAGACCUUACGCAUUUUUGAGAUAUUCUGCACGCGUUUUAAUCAGUUCCUUUCACGAUCGUAUGCAAGCAUUUGUUUCGCUGCUGCUGUACUGACAUGAAAUAAGAAGAAAACUCGUAUCAUCAUCUUGAAUCAACCUUGCAUCUUCAACUGGCAUUACGCUGUUUUAGGAAAUCGAAGUUGCGAGGGCUGCAUACCGUUAUCUUCCGUUUUUAUCCUGGUCAAUUUUCUAUAGUGGUUGAUGCUGCAAAACAUGAGCAUCCCGAUGGCGAACUAUUGAAGGAGAUAAUUAAAGAACAAUUUAUUCAUUGCAAAUAUCAUAAAAAGAGGAUUAUUUAAUUAAUAAAUCCGUAGGAUACUUACGACAAGUGUGUAUUAAAACUAAUCUUCCAAUUGCUAACUGUUUAAUCGACAGUAGGCGAUUGUUAGCUGAAAGCGUACGAGAAUGAGCAACUUUAGCAUUGACGCGCUGCUUGGCAAAGUCACUCUGAAUAAAAACAGGCAGAAAGAUGGAAAGAGCUGCAAUAACGGAAAUGAUUCUGAGAAACCCUUUGAAAGCAUUUAUAAACGCAGUCGGCUGUCGAUCGAAGAAAACGAAGAACACAGAGGAGACCCGUUACAAGAAGAUGACACAGGUUCAAGCUCUGAAAGCGAUGUUUUCAGUGACAAAGAUUGCGAAACAGUCAAAUGUCAAGCGGAGAAGCCACUGCCGACUUCAUUUUACAAGGGAAUACGUUAUGAUCCGCUGUAUCGCGCUGUAGAGAAAGGAAAGGGCCCGGAAGACAGCAGCCCGGACAAAAAUCUAAAGACCACGAGAGACCCGGGUACUAAAUUGUCGAAACCUCGUCGGAUCAGAACUGCUUUUACAUACGAGCAGCUGGUUGCCCUUGAGAACAAAUUCCGAACAACUAGGUAUUUAUCUGUUUGCGAAAGAUUGAACCUUGCCCUGAGUUUAGGCCUAAGUGAAACUCAAGUCAAAAUAUGGUUUCAAAAUCGAAGAACAAAAUGGAAGAAGCAAAAUCCGGGCCAAGAUGUCAACGGGCCUACCUGCUCGCAAUCGGAAAUUGGACCAGAUACCUUUACUCAUUUUUCUCCGCUAAGUCACUUGCCGCCGUUUCUGCACCAUCAUUACGAUCCACACAUUCCGCUUCGAUACCCCCUUAUUGAUUGCAGUUACCUUAGUCACCCGUUAUCUGUUCCGACGUUUCAAAGAGAAUCGUGUAGUUGCAUGCAUGGUCUUCCAACGCACUGCGAACCCUACUGAUUUGAAUUUGUAUAAAUUGUAUUGAAAUGAAACAGUUAUUUGUUAUUUUCAGCGAAACCUUUAUAUACCGUUUGAUAGAAGGUGUCCGUUAAUACGAGGACGUGUCCGUUUGUCGGAAGUGUCCGCAAAUAGGAGAUAUCCGAUGAUGGUUACCGUUUUUGAAUGUUCACUGUGCAUUCAAAUACGCACGCCUGGUGACUUCAAUUUGGUAGCUUACGGCGUUUUGAUCUACUGUAUCAUAUCGACAUUCUAUAAACUUUAUGAAUAUAAUAGAUCAAUGUGUCUUUGCGUUAUAUGUAAAAAGCAGUUAUCAGCUGACAAUUUACUGCGCUACUUGUUGAGCCUGGAAAACAAUGAUGUGAACAUAAACUUCAGGCUUUCAGGUCUCUCUGACAUAUGUCAUUAGAAAAAGCAAUAUAUAUAAAUGAUAAAAUUUGUGUAUCGAAAUGGUUGUGAAUACUUUAAAUCUAUCGAAUUUUGUUAUUCAUGAAGUUUUUAGCGUUUAAUUUUGACGGUAAUGUUAUAAAUUCUUUCUGGGUAAGUGAUACUGCGCUUGCCAAAAUGCUUCUGUGUUGGAGUGAGCUGGUGUUUGUUGUAGAGUAUAGAUUUGUAUCAUGCGUUUUCUCAAAGAGUGGUAGUUCAUUGACGCACAUUGUUUGAAGCAAAUAUAGAAUUGAUUAUUAAUCCCCAAAGAGUGACAGACAAUUUGAAAAAUUGAUUCUAAAUCACGAAGAGUGACAGACAAUUUUGAAUUGCUAUUUUUCUUAAUGACAUGCUUGGAUGUGCUUUUGUAGAUAGUUUGAAUGGAGAUCAUAUUCGUUUUCUGCAGUGUUGUGUCGUUCUUUAUAUGCAAGCAUAUGUUGUGUUGAUUGGUAAUUCUCAACCUCGAUGCUAUGAGGAGGCCUCGAUGCACGAUGACCAUUAUGAAAUUGUUUGUCGAUUAAGACAGAUACGAAAUGACGGUGCGAUUCUGAUCGACUUUCAGCCAGAUUCAACUUAUUUUGACAGUUAAUCUUAUCAGUGAUCCUCAUUGAGAAAGAUUCGAAAAGAUCAUUGCGAUGGGGUUCUAAUUCACUAAUUCAUUCACAUUCAACGUAUUUUGAAAUUUGAAUUUUUAGGUGAUCCUUGUGUGGGAAAAAUGGAAAAU